AUCUCACAACGGCUCCUACAAUACAACUGCGCGCCAUGAGCUCCCAGCAAGUUGCGACUGACCCAAACUACAAGCCUCCUCCUGGCCGCUUGGGCAAUUUGACCCCGCAACAGCAGGAGGCUCUCGAUAAGCUGCGCACAGAGAUACAACAGGAGGAAUGGUUUGUGUCAGAACGGAUGGACGAUCCCAUGCUACUCAGAUUUCUGCGGGCCCGGAAAUUUGACGUAGUCAAGGCAAAGGAAAUGCUCAAGAAUGCCGAACAAUGGAGGAAAGAGUAUGGUGUAGACGACAUCGUCGAGAACUUUGACUUUCAAGAAAAGACUGAAGUCGACAAGUACUACCCGCAAUACUACCACAAGACCGACAAGGACGGCCGCCCAAUAUAUAUUGAGAAACUAGGCAAGAUCGAUUUCAAGGCUCUCUACGCGAUCACGACUAUGGACCGCCAACUAAAGCGGCUCGUGUGGGAGUACGAGCGUUGCGUCACCGACCGCUUCCCCGCGUGUUCCCGCGCCGUUGGGCACCCGGUCGAGACGUCCUGCACAAUCCUCGACCUCGCAGGCGUAACAAUCGCUAACUUCUACCGCGUCAAAGACUACGUUUCCUCCGCGAGUUCGAUCGGCCAGGACCGCUACCCGGAGACGAUGGGCAAAUUUUACAUCAUCAACGCCCCAUGGGCAUUCCACGCCGUCUGGUCCGUUAUAAAGCCCUGGCUCGAUGAAGUUACUGUUUCCAAGAUCGACAUCCUCGGGAGCUCCUACAAGGAUAAGCUGCUCGCACAGAUCCCCGCGGAGAACCUCCCCAAGGACCUCGGUGGCGCCUGCAGCUGCUCUGGUGGCUGCUCCCUCAGCGAUGCCGGUCCCUGGCGGGAGAAGGAGACCGAGCAGUAGAGACGGGGGCGACGUUUUCUAUUCGAUGUACUGUAGCAGUUUAAUGGAGUUUCGGAUGACGUUACUUCUCUGUUCCUGUUUCUUUCACUAGCUCGCCAUAUGAGUAGGUACACAAGGGCUCAUGCCAAUGACUACUGAAUACUGUAAUCUUAUUUGAC